AUUAGUUAUUUUUACAAUAUUACCAUAUAAUUGGUAAUCCAUGUUUAUAGUAAUAUAACCUUACAAAACAUUCGCAUAACCUCAUUUAUUCGUUUCUGUCGUCAUUAUUUCCUGGCCUUUUCUAGUUUUCUCAUUGCAUAUUUCCAUUUAUCUUUCACGUUCCACCUUUGAUUAUUUUAUUUCCUUUUGCAUUUUUUGAAUACCCUGUCUUUAACCUUUAUACCAAACAGUUUUUUUUUAAACUAAACUGUACACAAUCCUUCUUGCUCAAGAGGCAUUACAAUGCCAAAGUGUCAUUACAAGGAUUGCAACAACACCUCAAAGUCUAAAAGGUGUCGCAAUCUCCGUUAUCAUCCGUUCCCUAAACCACUGCGGAAUAUGGCGAAGAGCUUAUUAUGGAUUGAACUAUGUGGAAACAACAAUCUAAACCCAUCUAAUAUUACUAAGAAUGUGUAUAUUUGUGAGCAGCAUUUUGCUACAAGGGAAUCAGAAAAUCCAGAACCGCAUCAAAGCUACUUGACUAACCCUCUACUACGUCUAAAUAGUUUGGAUAUUCAAAGUUUCAUCGAAGUCGGCUCAGGUUCCCAAGAAGAUAAUGUGAAUCUGGAAAGGGCAUUGGCUAAUGUAAAUGUUGGAAGUGGAGAUCACAGUGAUCACACACCACAGACCACAGAAUUAUCUAUAUUUUAUAACAUGAGUGUCACCCAAGUGUCGGCAAUAUUUUAUACGUGGGUGCAAUUUGUUUAUUUACAAACGUGUGUUCUGCGCAAUGCUUUCAUGAAAGGUGCUCGUGCCACUGAUAUAAGACACAUGCCUGCUUGUUUUCGCCUACUUAAUGACAAAGUGACCGUAGUUCUGGAUACCACUGAAGUCCGGAUGCAGAUGUCCAAAAAUUUUCAGCAACAAGGAAACACCCAUUCCAGCUACAAGCACUACAAUACGAUCAAGUUUUUAGUGGGAGUGUCUUCAAGAGGGGCAGUUGUAUACAACAGUGAGGGUUACGAGGGGUCCAUUUCGGACAUCGAACUAUUUAAGUCGUCAGACAUUUCUGUAUUUUUGGAAGAAGACGAUGUGCUUAUGGCAGAUCGUGGUUUUACCAUUCAAGACAUUUGUGAUGAGCACAAAUAUAAAUUAAUCAUUCCACCUUUCUUGGCUGGCAGGACAAGAUUAACAGCGGAAGAAGAAAUACUAACAAAGAAAAUUGCAAAGUGUCGUAUUACUGUAGAGCGCUCCAUCAGACGAAUAAAAAGCUACCAAAUUUUAGCAAAGCCAGUGCAAAUUUCAAUGUUACCCAUUAUGUCCAAUAUAUUUAGUAUAAUUUGUUUUUUGGUAAACUUUGAAAAACCAGUUUUAACAUAAUUUUAUUAUAACAUUAUGUAUGUAAUUAUAACAAAGAGCACAAAAUAUAGUAUAGUAUACAUUAUUCUUGAAAGUAGUCCAACUCAAAUAAUGGUA